CGUCGAGGUUUCCUCAACGCCUACUCUCGCACGCAGAUCGAUUUGACUAGUGCCGCCAUCUGUGGAGAAGCCGGAGCUUGUUUACCGACAGCGAUUUAUGUUUGCACCGACGUGUGUGUUGGAAAGUGUGCGCACUUUAUUCUAUGGGCGCGCAUACAUCCAAUGAAAGAAUCUGCGAUUGCCUGCCUCGUUUUUUACGGUGGCUAGCACAACUGGAUGAGUCUCGGUAGAUGUUCUAGUACACUCUAGUCUCGGCUAGCUUCGAGUACACAGAAGCUAGAUGACGCAGGAGAAAGCGAAAGAUGAAUGCUCGCCUCGAAGUCGCAGCUCGAGCGAGGCAUCCAAGUCUAAGGAGAAGAAGGACAAGUCAUUUCUCACAAAGGUUGUAAUCCGAAGGCUGCCGCCGACGAUGACGGAAGACCAGUUCCUGGAGCAGAUAUCCCCUGUUCCUGAAAGUGAUUACAUGUACUUCGUCAAAGGAGACUUGAGUCUCGGCCCACACGCGUUCUCGAGGGCCUACAUCAACUUCGUCAAUCAAGAUGAGAUAUUCAUCUUCAAGGAGAAGUUCGACGAUUACAUUUUUGUUGAUGAGAAAGGCAAUGAGUUCCCAGCCCUUGUCGAGUAUGCACCCUUCCAAAAAAUACCCAAGCGGAGGACUCGCAAGAAAGAUCCAAAGUGUGGCACAAUUGAACAAGACCCAGAGUACAUCAAGUUUCUGGAAAGCCUAGAGCAACCGGAAGAAGUGACACUACCUUCAAUUGAUACCUACAUAGAGGAGAUUGAAGCUAGGGAAAAAGAAAUCAAAGCUAACAAUGGCUGCCUCAAGGUGGUGACCCCUCUAAUUGAAUAUUUGCAGCAGAGGAAGCUGGAAAAGCUGAAAUUGCGCGAGGAGCGUCGGGAGGAGCGCAAGAGGCGGGAGGUGGAGAAGAAACGUUUGCGAGAUGAGGAAAAGAGGAGGCGGAAGGUGGACCGCGACCGUGCAACGAAGGAGCCAAGCAUACACCGAGAGUCAUCUUCAGCCCGCUAUGAUGAUGACCUUGCCCAAUUUGAUGAUGCUGAGCCUGCACCAACUAAGCCUCCGGUGGUCAAGUCUUCUGCCAAAUCAUCACGACGACAGCAGGGCCCAGCCAGCUCCGAGUUGCGCCGUGGUCCGCCAGUUCAACCAGUCGACAGCACUGAGUCCCGCAAUCACUCAGCGACAGUUGGUCAUGACCGAUCACAUCGGGAAUCGUUGGACCAGAAACCUGCAGGCAGGUCAGUGAGUGCUCGAAGAGCAAAGGGAGACCGCGCUGCAAAAAAUGAGCAUGUUCCGGCAGUCCUCAAAGUGCUCAGUGUGGUUGGCCGAGCUUCUCGAGAAAGUCCGACUUCGAACAAACGUCUCGUGCAGCCUGUGGUGCUGAGGAACCCUGUGCGAGAGCAUGAGCCACCAGCUGCGACAACGCCAAAGGACUCGGGAACAGGUGUAGUUCCGAAAUCAAGUGCAGGCACGGGUGGCAGCCAUUCCAAGGCCCCACCGGUGCGCAGUUCAACGGGCGGCGGCAGCAGUGCACGCAAGGACUGGGAUCGACCCAAGUUGCCCAGGCCCAGCAAGGACUACCCGAGUUCCAAAGAGUACAGCAAACACAAGGCCGAACAGCCUGCAUCCUCCCAUAGCAGGCGCGGAUCGACAGGUUCAGAUGGCAGAGGCCAGGAAACAAGCACCCCGAAAGCAUCGGCAACGACUCCAGCCACAGAUGACGAGCGAUCCGUUGUUGAAAGCUCUCGGGGUGUUACAUCCACCACAAGCCUUCCGGCCGAGGGCAAGAACACUAGUUCAGAGAAGGAUCGCGAGCGACCAUCGGCACCCGAGGAGUCCUCGCAGUCCCGAGCUAAAGACCCGCGAGCAGAGAGGAGGAUACGCAACAAGGAUCGACCAUCUAUUGAGAUUUACCGGCCUGGAAUGAGAAGACUGUCUCAAAAGGGCACAUCAUCACAAGAGGAAACACCAGCUGCCAGCUCAAAACCACCAAAAAGCAACAGCAGUAGCAAGCCACCUGCUUAAACUUCUGUACAGUCAGUCAGCACUGCUCAGGAUGAUAAUUAGUGUACAUGCUUUUUCACAAUGGACAGCACUUUCUUUCUUGAGACAGAUUAUUUUAUUUUUUUUUUUGCUUAUUUCUACAAAAACAAAAAUCCAUGUUUUCUCAUGUGACUUCUUUUUUUCUGUUCCUUGUAUAUAAAUUCAAUUGUGGUGAUGU